AAAACAAAAUGGCGGAUUGACUUGAAGAUGGACCCAGAAGAUGAUCCGAGCACAAAAAGCGACGGUACAGCUUGCGGCGGCCUGCGCCAUGAGCUGAAAGAAUGUAUAUUGAAAAGUGAUUGUGUUGUUAAGCAUGGUAAUCAUCCUACAAUGUGUAUGAAGACAGAUGUCGAAGGCGUCAGUGAUGAUUGCAGGAAGAUACAAUAUGCAUUCUUUGAAUGUAAACGAUCACUGCUUGAUUUUAGGACACGAUUCAGGGGAAGAAAGGGAUACUAACUUGAAGUUUUAUGAAGGCAAAUCAGGRAAUUGAAUGGUGCAGUACUUUGUUACUAAUGCUAGGUGUAAUUUAGUAUUUCAAAGCAUGAAAUGUAAAAAAGAUAUUUUGUAAUCAAUAUGGAYUUCAGUCAUCAUUAUGAUUAUGUUUGAGUCUUGA